GUCAUAAAUAUUGAUAGAGGAGGUAAACUCGUUAUCUAAACAAAAUGGCGACAGGUGGGUGUGAAAUUAUUUCGGAUGAAAUAUUUAACUUUAAAAUUUACGUCUUGUGCUAAGAAAAAUAAGAACCGAGAAGCGUUAAAAUACUGUGUGGAGUGUCAAGGAUAUUUUUUAGGUCAUGUGAAGCCGUUCACGAAUUAUUUCCUGUUUUAAAAGGACAUCAGCUUCUUGAUCAAUCAGUUUUUAAGUCGACAGGUAUUAUGUCGGACCUCCCGGAUUUACCGACCUUGAGAUGCAAGAUUCAUACAGUAAAGAUUAUGGAUAUGUACUGUGGAAACCAUGACGUGGUGGGUUGCACGAGUUGCAUGGCUCUGACGCACAGGAGUUGCACAGACAUACAACGGAUAUACAAUAUUAUCAACACUGUUUUCAAAAACGAAGACGCAGAUGCAACAUCACUAAAGCUACAGGAUAAGAUAAAGCAGUUGGAGAAAAUUAUAAGCACGCGUUUGUCACUUCUUAAAGAAUUGAAGGAUUCGAAGGUAGAAGCAAUAAGUAAAAUUGCAAACUUUGUAAAAGAAAUGGAGACAAUAAUUCAAAAUCUCAAAAAAGAAUCUAUAAAUGAAGUUGAAGAAGAAUAUCAGAAAAAGGAGAGUAUGCUAGAGGAAGAAAAGAAGACAGCUGAAACUGAAAUGGAAAACAUGAAGCAAGCUGAUAAUGAUAUUCGGCAACUAGAAGCAAACAAAGCUCAAACAUUUGUCAAUAUGAAAAUCGCUCAAGAGAAAGCCACCAAUGCAGAUGACGUCAUUGAUUCCUUGAAGACACCAUGUAAGACAAAAAUAAACUUUCAAGUGGACACAGAUAUACGAGAAACUUUGCAUCGAUUUAAAUCAUUAGGGAAACUCAACAUUUGUUCUUCCGCAGCGUUGAAACCUAGGACAAGGGUCUAUUCAAUCGCAGGCACCAGUGAAAUCAAUAUCGAAUUACCAAAUGACAUAUACACAUGUUGUAUCUUUGGAUUAUGUUUAACAAAAACGGGAAUGCUGCUUUUAACUGAUAAUAACAAUAAAAAUCUGAAACGUAUAUGCGCUACCAAUUUGUCUGCGAUAGAUCAGUGUGACUUUUCUGACUCUCCUCGCUUUGUUUGCACUACAAAUGAACAAGAAGCAGCAGUAACCUUUCAUAACAACAAAGUUCAAUUUGUCUCUCUUGGAAACCAGAUGACACGAACCAACCAACUAACCGUGGGUCAUUGUUGUUUCGGUAUUGCUUACAACAAAGACAAAUUGUACAUAACUGAUGCCAGUCUAUCUCUUUACAUACAUGAUAUGGCAGGUAACCUGCUGCAGAGAGUAUCAAAAAACAGUACUGGGAAUUCUCUCUUCACAUAUAGCAGAGACAUUUGCUUCAGCGACAACAGAGAUAAAAUGUUCGUCGUCGAUUCCACUGAUAGGAUAAUAAAUCUUGAUAAUCGCGGAAAACAUACUGAUACAUAUACCGAUUCAGAUUUAGUUGAAUGUACAGGAGUUGAUACUGACAGAAGAGGCAACAUAUUUGCAUGUGGACACGGAUCAAACAACAUUGUACAGAUAGGAGAGGAUGGAAAGAAGAAAGGAGUGAUCGCAACAGCAUCAGAUGGACUUGUUAAUCCAGUCUCCAUAUGUUUUGAUCCAAAACAGAGUGUGUUAUUUGUCACACAAGCACGCGAUGACAAAAUAAAAAUCUUUUAUUUGAAGUAAAAAUGUAAACACUAUACUCAUCUUGACAAAACACAUUGUUAGUUCAGUAAUUGUUAUGCAUGAGUGCAUACAUAGAUAUUCAAAGUAUUUCACCUAAUAUGCCAUUUUUGUUUCAUAAGCGAUCAUCAAUUCACCUCAAAAUAACGAACAUAGUCAUCAGAUGUUAUAAUGUUAUGAAGUAUAUUCCGUCUGCCGUUUGCCGAAAAAACAUUUAAGGUGGUCAAUCACAUUGGAGCAACAUUUUAUGACAUUUUUUAAGCUUUCAUAUUCAUUUGUCUAUUUUGUCGGGGAUUAAUGUAAGGAACAAAAAGACCUAUUAUAUAAGGUUAGAUCCUAUUCGAAUUGUAUACUGAAAAUGUAUAUGAAUUCUCGGAGACAAAUUUUCGCGGAACGGUCCAUAUUCGUCAUCGUAGAUAUACUGUAAACCUAGAAAAAAUAGCGGAUACUAUGUUUCGCAUUUUUCAGAACAGGGACAUUUUCGCGGAUACAAAUAUUGGCGGAAGCAUAUCCAUCGCGAAUCUCGCAAACAUGAAGUCGCAAGUGAUCAUAACUAGUAUACAAAGGUAAGUAUCAAGGCAUAGUUGCGUUUAUAGUAUUCUCGAAAACGUGCAGCUUUUUGUACUCUUUAAUUAUAAAUAUACCUCAAUUCAUUUCAGCUAUAUCAACGGUCAUUCACAACCCUGAUUAUUGACAGUCAGUAAAUUGCUGUUAUUACACUGUCAUUUGUUUGUCAUUUAAAGCGCAGUAUCUUUUGUUAAAUCACACUUACGAGAAAUAGACAUGAUACGAUAUUUUACUUACAAAUAAUAUAUCGCAUUGGCUGGAGACUGAAGAUUACAUGUCUAUGUCGUUCGAUAGAUGCAUGUUGUUUCUGUUUUCAUACCCUGUUUGCCUGACGGAUCGAUAUUGAAAAGGCUGUUACAUCAUACAGAAAUAACUUGGCAAUCAACUGAAUUAAUGUAUGUUUUUGCACUCAUUUUAUACAAUUAUGGUACAAACAUUUGAGAUCAUAGUUUUUCGCGGCUAUUUAAUUUUACUAACCACGAAAGGCGCUAAUUUAAAAAGCGGGAAAAUAUUUCCAGGUUUACAGUUUAUUUGGUACAACAUCAAUACAACGUCUUGCUGGGAUAGUUCAAAGCAUCUUCAAGCCCUCCUGAACGUUGUAACUUAUAGCAGUAACAAGAAUUAUGUUAAUACUGUCUUUACUGUUGUUGGUAGAUAUGGCAAUUAUAGCAGUAAUACUGUUGUCACUUUAGCCGGCACUGAUUUUACUCGUGUAACUAUCAACAGUUAUAACAAUAAUUCUAAUACUACUGCUGUAACUUCCGUCAGUAGCAACAUUACCAUCUAUGUGGACCAAAACAUUAUUCGAUGCCACCGUUUCAGUGCUGAUUAUAGCAGUUCAGAUGACAUAAUUGGACCCUAUUUUGACGUAUGUCCCCAGCAUAUAUAACAUCCGUCGGCUGUGUUAUAUAUUCUAUAAUUUAACUAGCACACCAUAUACAAUAUUCAAUGCAUGACUUAGUUAAAUGCAUACUCUAUCCCUCCUAAACAUUGUGAUUUUAC